GAGCGCGCCCCGGAAGCGGAGCCAUGGCGGCGGCGGUGGCGGGGGCAGCGCUGCUGGUGAUGCUGAUGGCGGCGGCGGCGCUGGCGAGGGGCGACGACUCGGACUGGGUGCGGCUGCCCAGCAAGUGCGAGGUGUGCAAGUACGUGGCUGUGGAGCUGAAAUCUGCUUUUGAGGAGACUGGCAAGACCAAGGAGGUGAUUGACACCAAGUACGGCUUCCUGGACGGGAAGGGCUCUGCCGUCAAGUACACCCAGUCGGACAUACGGUUAAUCGAGGUGACAGAGAACAUCUGCAAGCGGCUGUUGGAUUACAACCUGCACAAGGAGAGGAGCGGCAGUAACAGAUUCGCGAAGGGCAUGUCGGAGACAUUCGAGACCCUGCACAACCUGGUGCACAAGGGCGUCAAGGUGGUGAUGGACAUCCCCUAUGAGCUGUGGAACGAGACCUCCGCUGAGGUGGCUGACCUCAAAAAGCAGUGCGAUGUGCUGGUGGAGGAGUAUGAAGAUGUGAUCGAGGACUGGUACAGGCAUCACCAGACGGAGGAUCUCUCCCAGUUUCUCUGUGCCAACCAUGUGCUAAAAGGAAAGGAUACAAGCUGCCUGGCAGAGAAGUGGACUGGCAAGAAGGGCGACUUGGCAAGUGUGGAGGAGAAGCAGAGCAAAAAAAAGAGCGGGAAGAAGAAGAAAAAGGACCAGAAGGAUGAGAGCGUGGGAGCUGCCAGCCUCCUGGACACAGGGGAGGCCCUGGAGGAGGGGGUUCAGGAGAAGGCUCCACUCACCCACAGCCCAGCUGAUGAGCUGUAGACACGCAGCCCCAGCCCCCGCGGCUGCCUGCUCUGGGGUUUCAACCCGUUGUGCCUGUGGGUACCAAAGGAAAAGGGACUUGCAACCCGGGGGAGACCAGAGCGCCCGGUCCUGCCUUGUCAGCCUGGGUGCCAUCCUGCGAUUAGGUGUCACGGAGCCGCGGACCCAGCCCUGUUGUGCGUCCCUGCCGGGGGCUUCAGCUCCGGGAGGCUGCGAGUGCUGCCCCGGCGCCGGCUCUUCGCACCGAGCCGGGACUGUAAAUAAAGACGUUUUCCCCAGA